AUGCGCGGAGAGCAGAACAAGGAUCCUCUGCCGAGGAAUAAAGACGAUGAUGAUGACGAUGAGAAUAAUCGCUCCCUACAUUUGACGGGAACUCCGGUGCUUUUCAUUCCUGGAAAUGCGGGAAGUUAUAAACAAGUGCGAUCCAUUGCUGCUGAAGCUGCAUCUGUCUUCUAUGAUCAAAAAGAAAGAAUCAAACGGCUCAAUUCAAAUGUGACGAGCCUUGAUUUCUUUUCUGCUGACUUCAAUGGUGACUUCACUGCAUUUCAUGGUCAAACUAUGAUGGAUCAGUCUGAGUAUUUGAAUGAUGCCGUUAAAUUUAUUCUAUCCUUAUAUCAGGAUAACCCCACUCCUGCACGUUCAGUCAUUCUCUUAGCUCAUUCAAUGGGUGGUAUUGUGGCGAGGGUUAUGUUAAGUCUUCCUAACCACCUCGAAGGUUCUGUUAAUACAAUACUAACCCUUGCGGCUCCUCACUCUGCUCCUCCAGCUACUUUUGAUGGUAAAUUGCUUCGUGUUUUCAAGAAGACCGAUGAUUUCUGGCGUAAUGAGUUCUCCAAAUCGGGAGGACGGCUUGAGAAUGUCACCAUAGUGUCCAUAACUGGCGGUAUACUCGACAAUAUGCUUCCUGCAGACUAUACGACUCUUACGGGUCUUGUUCCAGAGACAAAUGGACUAGCGGUUACUACAACUGGAAUUCCUGGUGUUUGGACCCCUAUAGAUCAUUUAGCUAUUGUUUGGUGUGACCAACUACGGCGUGUGGUGGCGCAAUCCUUGCUUGAAGUGACCGACAGAUCUAUGAUCGGGUAUAGUAUAGAGCAUAGAAUGGAUAUUUUCCGAAGGAACUUUGUCACCGGUGUGUCGGCUGAUUCUUUGGCUUCUUCUUCAAAGACCUUUGGUCUUAAGAUUGAUGUCAAUCGGUUAAGCCAUUCAAUGCGUGAGCGCAGUUUUCAAUUCCCAAAUAUCAGGAAGAAGAGAGACUCUGCUUCCCCUGGCAUUCAUAUGUUUCAUGUACCACGCGAUGACCAAUCACAUGCUAAGUUUAGUUACAUUAGUUCUCUGAAACCUACUCCGAUCGAGGAGCUUUCUGUCGGGUCUGCUCCAGCUAUUCUUCUUUGUAGAACUGUUCCUGCCGCCGCAAUCAAUUCUGGUAAAUUUGCUGCUGUUCUCGACUAUACCUCCGACUCUACCAGUCAAUUUGUUCAAUUAGAAUGCGUGGACCUCCAUAAUUCGGUCCAGAUGAUCCCACGGUCUUAUCCUGGUACUGCAUCUAUGGAAGCAUCAUCUCUCGGCGGAUCAGAGCAGCCUUUCUAUUCAUUGGAACUUUCUCCGGAGUAUCUUGAAGGAUUUAGCAGCGUUGUUAUUGUUGAAUCUGGCAUAAUUAUUGACUCAAAGGACUUUGUCCUUGCGGAUAUGGAACUACAAGAAAGUUCGCAGGUCUCUUUGGGUGAAGCCAGUCUCUGGAAGUUGCUUUCACGUGGUUAUGAUUUAACCUUGCCUUCGCAUAGGCCUCUUGUCGUUGAUAUUGAUGUGCCAUGUGCAAGGUCGAGUCUUUUGACCUACAAUUUUGACAUUAGAUAUCAGAAAUCAUCAUCAGAAAGGUUCUCACCUCUGAUUCGUCAGAAAAUAGGUGACGAAGUUAAAUGGCAUAUAGACCUUGCGCAUAAUCCCAAUGUGGUCAGCCGUACUAUGGGUGUUCCUCCUUUCUGUCCUUAUAAAAAGUCUUCCCAUCUUCAGCUUAAGUUGUAUGCCGAUACAUUUGCUAGCGAUCAGAUUAUGGAUAUCUAUCUAUCCGUUGAUUGGUUUAAAUCGCUUCGCAACCUAGUUCUUCGCUACAGACUGUCAAUAGUAGGACUACCUGUGUUUGUCACCUGCCUCGUAUUAUUUUUACAAUUGGCAGCUUACAUAGACUAUGGAUACUACCCUUCUUUCGGUGAAGGACUUCUCAAGUUUUGUUCGCGUAAGAUCAUGGGGCCAUUGGUUUUGAUCUUUUGUAUUUUACCAUCUUUCACUUCUCAUUCAUUCUUCAAAAGGCUUUUCGGAUGGUUGGACCCUAUACCUACGGCGAACGAACAGCUCUUCCAAAAAAUCGGUGGGUCUGAUGUUCGCAAUAACGAAUACUUCUUGGGAAUAGGUGAAGGUGCACUUUGGUUCCUUGGACCAUUAUCUUUGGUGAUAGCUACAUCUUCGGUAGGUACUCUCCACCUAAUAGUAUCUUCCAUUUGCCAGUUGGUAGUCUUUGUGUCAAAGAAAUUGAGCUUUGUGUUUCACGGAGUUCCAAUUUAUACCGGUUCAGUUGCUGGAAAUCGUCGCAGGACCAUCGCUGUGAUUCUUCUCAUGACAUUGGUUCUCGUCUAUCUUCCCUAUCAGUUUGCCUUUGUGGUAUGUUUCUUCACACAAUCUUUUGUUGUCUUGAAAUCAUGCAUUCAGUCGGCUAGUUCUCAAGCAGUCAAGCAGAAUUCACCCCAGAAAUCUGAAAAAGUUACGUCAACAGCUUUAUUAUCAUCAUCAUCGUCAUCGUCAUCGUCAUCGACAACGUCAUUUUCAUUAUUGCCUCCUUCGGCUUCUUCUUUAUCAUCUAGUUCAACCACUGUACCUUGUCACCGUGUGCUGAAAAGUUUUGACAACUACAAAAACUUUAACUUUUCGCUCCUUCUGCUCAUGACAUGGAUUCUCCCUAUCAACAUUCCGAUAUUGAUGGUAUGGGUGCAUAAUUUCUCGUUGAAAUGGGCCACACCGUUCUCAUCUCAUCAUAACUUUUUGGCAGUGUUACCCAUUGUUCUUCUAGUUCAGUUAGGUAACGCUGGUUAUAUGUUUUCGAAGCCAUCAUGGAAGAUUUCCGUCAUUGGGACGAAGUUGCUCGUUGCAUAUGUUGCAAUAUAUGCAUUGAUGUUCAGUACAAGGCAUCUUUUCUGGCUCCAUCACCUGUUCAAUCUCAUGUGCAGUUGGUUCCUCGUUCUUAUUUUAGAAGACAGGUUCCUAGGAAAACUCAAUCACUAUACAACGCCGGAUAAAGCUGUUACCACAACAUCUAAAUUGCACUAA